AAAAUGUGAUGGAUCAAUUGAUCACGUAACAUGCGAUUAUGUCGAAGAGGCGUUAUCUAUCUCAUAAUCUCAUCCUCUCUCGGUCUUCCUGCUUCAUAAUUGGGUUUCUAAUUUCAUUGUAACAACAAUCUCACAAAGAAUCGAAAUUUUUACUGAGCAACAACAGAUGAUGAAUGGAGAGAGGACUCGCGGAGAGACAUCUCCCGAAGUCGCCUCUCCGGAUCCACUCGAUGAGCUUCAGCCCUGGCAAUCUCCGAAAUCGGACGAUGAAUCGCCUGUUAAUUCGCAGUACUCUUCGUGUGGGGAAUCGGAGCUUGAGCGGUACUGUAGUGCCAAUUCCAUGAUGGGGACCCCUAGUUUGUGUAGUUCAAUAGGAACAUUUCAAGAUUGUGCUGAUUCUGAGUUUGGGUCUAUGAGGAGUUUUAGUAGUUUAGAGAAUUUUAGUCUGGCAGGUGGGUUUGCUAGAAAAUUGGGAGAGAGGAGACUUUCGUCGUCGGGUGGAUCAGGUUGUUUAGUGGAUCCUAGAAUUGAAUCUGGUGACGGAAAGAACAGUUCAGAGGUGAGAAAUGAUGUUGAAUUAGGGAGCGAGUUUGUGGGGAGAGAUGAUGGGAUGAAUUCACAGCACCAGCUCAAUCGUGUGGAUACUGGUGAUGUAGUGUUGUCAAAGGUUGGGAGUGAUUCGGACUUACUCGCGGUUUUGGACUUGAGUACUGUGCUGGGUGAGGAACUUUAUGCUGAAGAUGAUGGUGGUGGAAUUGUCCGGUGGAGAGACCACAGUGAGUUGGCAAUGCUGCAAAGUUCUGCUGGAAGUGUGUCUGAGCAGCAGAUUACUAAUGUAGAAGCCGUUGAUGAAAAUGUUUUAGGUCGGGGGGUUAAUAGUGAUACCCAUUCUUCAGCAAGGGUUAUUGAACCAGUUGACAGUUGUUUAGAUGAGUUAUGUUCAGGUACUGGUGUGGAAUUUGAUGUGGGGGAGGGUGGAAGGCGCUCGGAUGAGGAUAAAGCUUCAUCAAGAUUUGAGCAUUCUGAAGGUGAAGAUUCAAUGUUCGGUUAUGGUACAGAUGAUGAGCAGAAAAUUGAAUUGGUUCAUCAGAGGAACACACAAUAUCAUCAGGAAGCACAAAGUAAGAAGGAAAAUUCAUUGCUUAUGAGUUCGUCUGUUGCAUUUGGUGCAGAUGAUUGGGAUGAUUUUGUGCAAGAAACAGGGCAAUCUGAUAUAACUUCAAUAAUGUUGGAGAAGAGAGAACCAAAUAUUGAAUUUGAAGGACACCUUAUAAGUUCCUCUUCUCGGGCUGAUACUGGUUUCCCUGGUGUUGAUAUUUCUGAAUCCAGCAAUCAAGUCCAAGGUGCUGAUGAAUUGGAAAAGUGCAUUAAAAAUGGUUCUGCGACUCCAGUUGAUUUUCUGGAUUUUCGUGAGUCAGAGAAAGGAAAAGAUGCAGAAGAUACUGUUACCAUCAAUCAAGAUGGAGAUCUUGAUGAAUUGGAAGAUUAUCUUAAAACAUGUCCUGGUGGUGAUAUCUUAGAAAGAGAGUUGGAUCCACCAUUGCAAGAGACACCUUUAAAUAAAGGUUUGAACCUUGUGGGUGGUAAUUUGAGGAAGGAGAGUCCACUUCUAAGUACCCAGGAAUUUGACAAUGUUGGCGACAGUCGAGUUUCAGAAAGUCAAGAGUCUGAGAAAUCGAAGGUUCAGUUGGACCCUCUUUCUGAUAUUAAAUCUAGCCUACUUUGUUCGGCAUCAACUGAAAAAUCUGAAGAGCAAAUGGUCGAUUUCGUUAGAGAACCAUGUCCAUUGCUAUCAAUGGAUGAGAAUAAUAUAAAAAGGCCGCUGAAGGAUUCUCCUGCUUCAUUCAAUCUUUUUGAAGACCAGCCUAAGGAAAUUAAGGUAGAGAAUCUAGAGUUAAAUGAAUUCUACUGUGAGAUUGUCCAUGAAAUGGAAGAAAUUUUACUUGACUCCACCGAGUCUCCUGGGGCUAGGUUCACCCAGCGUGAUAUGGUAUAUCGACCCCACUUGCCUCUGCCUUUAAGAGAUGGUGGGUCAACUGCCUCUACUUCUGGUGAUGACAAUGCUCACAAUGUAGUCCAAAGCCCUUUGACAAUUGAUGGGGUCGAAGUAGUAGGGGCAAAACAGAAGAAGGGAGAUGUCUCAUUUGGUGAAAGGCUAGUUGGGGUGAAGGAAUACACUGUUUAUAUAAUAAGAGUGUGGAGUGGAAAGGAUCAUUGGGAGGUCGAACGACGGUACCGUGAUUUCUGCACUCUCUAUCGUCGGUUGAAGACAUCGUUUUCUGGGCAAGGCUGGAUUCUUCCUUCUACCUGGUCCUCUGUCGAACGGGAAUCUAGAAAGAUUUUUGGGAAUGUCUCUCCUGAUGUUGUUGCCGAGAGAAGUGCUCUAAUUCAAGAGUGUUUACGAUCCAUUCUGCACUCCAGGUUUUCAUCCAGCCUUCCAAGUGCUCUAAUUUGGUUCUUGUCUCCACAAACAUUUCUUCCUAGUUCUCCUGCAUCUAAUAAAUCCAACCCUCAGUCUCCCUUUUCUGCCAGAAGCACAGACACAGACAAUGUAUUGACAUUUGGGAAGACCAUAUCACUUAUUGUUGAAAUCCGACCAAAUAAAUCCAUGAAACAAAUUCUGGAAGCACAACACUAUAUUUGUGCAGGAUGCUACAAACAUUUUGAUGACGGGAAAACCCAGAUACUGGAUUUUGUACAGACACUUGGGUGGGGCAAACCUCGUCUUUGUGAAUACACCGGUCAGUUGUUUUGUUCUUCAUGCCAUAUGAAUGAAACUUCUGUCUUGCCGGCAAGAGUUUUGCAUCACUGGGAUUUUGCUCAGUAUCCAGUUUCCCAAUUGGCUAAAUCAUAUCUGGAUUCUAUUUAUGACCAGCCCAUGCUUUGUGUCAGUGCGGUUAAUCCUUUUCUCUUCUCCAAAGUCCCUGCUCUAGUACAAGUUACGGGUGUCAGAAGAAAAAUAGGAGCCAUGCUUCCUUUUGUUCAUUGCCCAUUCCGUAUGUCCAUAUACAAAGGACUUUCCUCUCGGAGAUAUCUUCUUGAAAGCAAUGAUUUUUUUGCACUAAGGGACCUCAUUGAUCUUUCAAAAGGUGCAUUUGCAGCGCUACCUGUGGUGGUAGAUACUGUCUCAAGCAAAAUCCUGGAACACAUCACAGAGCAAUGCCUCAUAUGCUGUGAUGUGGGCAUCCCUUGCAAUGCACGACAAGCCUGUGAUGACCCAUCUUCACUCAUUUUCCCUUUCCAGGAAGGAGAAAUAGAACGGUGUAGAUCUUGUAAGCUAGUUUUCCAUAAACUAUGCUUCAAGAAGAUCACAAGUUGUCCUUGUGGGGAGCGUCUUGAGCAGGACAGAGAACAGGGAGGCUCAGCUAAUGUGAGCCAUAGGGUCGACAGUACAAGUGGCGCUUUGGACUUGUUUGGGAGGAAAUCGGAUUCCACUGCCACUGUGGGAUUUUUCUCCAGACUCUUUUCGAAGGCAAGCCCGGAAAAGUCAUGGGGGGCCAAGGACAGCGAUACUGUGAUCUUAAUGGGUUCUUUGCCAAGCACCUCCCUUUGAUCACUUUGUGAUUUUAGAGUACUAUUUUUGUAUUUUUAGAUUGGAAGCCAAGACCGUUGGAAGUUAUUUGUUUGAUGUUGGGUUGUCAUUCAAAUAAUCAGAGCUGGCCAUUGUUAUUAUAAACCAAUAAACUGGGCUCUGGAGGGUGGUGAGAUCUGUUCCAACUUUCCUCCUUUCCCUUUUUUUUUUUUUAAUUUUUAAUUUUUUUUAAUUUUUUUAAUUUUUAUUACUAGUUUGUAUUCUUUGUAAAACAAUUUCAGAUGAAAAGAGAGUGAUGUAUUUUUUUUACUUUAGGUC